GCUAAGUUGUAGGUUUUCGCGUGUGACGGCUCAUUAUAAUUACAUUGGUAUAUAUAAUAACAUAGUGUGGAUUUAGAAAUAGUUUUGAUAGGAUCAUUAAAAAGGCAGCACCGUUGCACCGCUGGAGAUUUGCAUAUUUACUGGAUUCAGUCAGCUGUAACUACAAGAGAACACAUUUAAUAGCAGCACAAUGGAGAACAGACCUGUUGCAUUUUCUGUUCAGGAUUUUCAGAGGAUCAUUUGCAGUUAAAACAAUAGAAGUGAUAUAGUGAUCCGUUAUCCAACAUAAAAGACCUUAUAUUUUAAUUGUUCUGUUAGACGAUUUAAAGAAUUACUGAAAGUGCAGUUAACGUUUCUUAAAAGAGAUAUUGAACUGUAUUGGUCACAAACAGAUCUGUAUUGGUCACAAACAGAUAAAUUUGUUUAUAAUAGUUGUCUGAUUUUACAGUAUUGAUUAGAUUAACAUAAGUAGAUAUAUUGUUCUUUUGUUGGAUGAAAAAUAUUUUUGUUCAAAUAACUUUUAUUUAAAUUAAAAUGUCUGAAGAUUUUGGAACUAUUGAGUGUGUGACACAGAGUUUUUUGACAGUUUUGCAAACACAUUUGGAUAUUGUUUGGUUUUGUUUCUUUUAACAACAUUCUUUUUGAUGGCAGAGUUAAUUCGAUUGGAAAAUGCCACAAACGCAUUUUUUGAAGACAGUUCCAAAAAUGGAUCUCUGGAUAUGAUAUUAUUUGGUAAAAUAUUUGCAGGAAUCGACUUAUUUUUUGCUCCAUGGAUUAUUUUUGGAAACACACUUGUUCUAAUUGCAGUGUAUUUUGAACAUAAACUUCAUACAAUCCCCAAUGCAUUUAUUGCUAGUUUGGCCGUGGCAGAUCUUCUAGUCGGCCUUGUGACAAUACCACUUUGCACAGUCUUCUACUUGAAACUUCCAAAUGUCGAACACAACAAAUACCUUUGUCUCUUUCGAAUCAGCACGUCACUGUACUCUUGUGGGGCAUCCUUGUUGAACUUAUUACUGAUGUCUUUUGAUCGUUACCUUGCUGUGAUUUACCCUCUGAGGUACCAUGCACUGAUGACCCCGAACAGGGCUAAGAAUGCUUUGAUUGUUCUGUGGGUUUUUAUCACGGUCAUCAGCUUCGUUCCCCUAACGGGUUGGAAUACCUGGAAAGAUGGCUCAGUGUGCGACCUCUAUGAAGUGUUGGCUCGUGAACACAUUUACUUUUCGGUCCAUUUUCUAGUUUUAAGCUGUCUCACAUUGACAAUAAUCCUGUACUCACGGAUCUUCUACGUGGCUCACUCGCAUCGUAAAAACAUACAAGCAACAAGUAAAUUAAAUGUUGCAGCAAGACGGCAAAAAGAGUACAAGUCGGCCAAAGUGAUGUCUUUGAUUUCGUUGCUUUUCGUAUUGUUCUGGCUGCCCUAUUUGACUUGCGGUAUACUCAAGAUCUUCAAAUCUCUUACAUGGGAUGUGGUGGAAGUCUCAAAGAGUUUUGCUCUGUGUUUGAGUUUCAGCAACUCCAUGGUAAAUCCAAUUGUGUACUCUCUAUUGAAAACAGACUUCAGGAAGGUUUUUCAAAAUUAUUUUUUUUCACGGUUUCGUUGCUACACAGUAUGUAGAACGGCAAACACUAUAAAUGUGAAUAUAUCGGAAGACAGUAAAACAACUCAGUUUAAUUUGAAGUAAUCGUAGUCUGUAUGUCAAUGAAGAUUACAUAAGAUGAGGUUUUAAAAUUGAAUGUAAUCUAUAUUACUUUGUGAAAUGUGUUGUUUUUAUUAUAAAAUGUUCAAAAUGU